AUGUUCUUCUACUCGCCCAAAGACAACAAACAUGUCAUUGUUCGUCGGCCUACACAACAUCAAAUCUCAGGCUCCAGUCUAGAAAGCCGCCUCAACUCUCAGAUAGCCGAGGUGCUAGUGCGCCCGUCUCAAGACCCCACCGCUGCUACCAUUCGACAGUCCAUUAUCGACCUCCGCCGCCGAUCUCGACCGAUCUCAGAAGAUGUGGCUGAUGAACUCAUCACAUAUCAGCUAGAUCAACGACGAAGAACCUCACUGAACCUGGACCUCAACGACUCCUUCAACAAUAACACUGCCGCACCUCAUUUCCUAGGCUCCUUUCACACUGAUGCCAGCACCUCAUCACCCGUAGACUCUUUAUACUCUUACAUAGAUUCACGUAGACACAGUAGGGCAUAUCCGCGCGCAGUACAGUUAUUGCGGCGACCGACAAUUACUAUACAAGAAGAUGGGCGAGUGAUCAUAGGUAAACCCUUGGCCCACAUGAUCUGUUUUGAUUAGAUAAAACAUUAUAAAUGUUAUUUCAGAUCAUGUCACAUCACGAUGGGACGGCGUUUCUCACGGCCCUGGCGGUCUUGUUGAUGGUGAUGACACAGCUACCAUCAUUACCGAGCACAAUAAGGAAGACGGGCCAGCCAAACCACCAAAAAGUUUUCCGCAAAGAUGUGUCAAAGUCAGUUAUACCGUAGUAACGCAAAGUUUAGAUCUAGUAACCUAUAUUACUGUACCUUUUUCAGACCUUCAAAAUACUUUUACCACAUAUUAUACUGGUCUCCGUGCUAAUUGGUUAUCUUUGUUUGGGAGCCUGGAUUCUGAUGAUACUAGAAACAAAAACAGAAUUAAUGGCACGUUCCAGGAAAUUGGUCAAAGUCACAAACUUGAUGACAAAUUUUACGAGUGACAGUUGGCGGAUUCUGAACGAUGCUCAAACCGGGGUCAGAUCAGUGCAUCAUACUGAAUGGGAGCAGAUAUUCAAGUACGUUUGAUCAUACACUACUUUAAUCUUGUAGCCAUGUUAUUGUAAAGAUGUUUUCAUCGCUGCUGUUGUGGGUCUUUAUAAAUUAUGGUUCUCUUCAGAGAAUACAUGCUACGACUGGCCGAGACCGUGGACGACAGAAGGCCUAUACGAAGAGAGCUCAUAGAUCCCGCGAAUCUGGACAAUAUGCAUAACAAAUGGACAUUCCCCACAUCCUUAUUGUAUGUGUUAACAGUGUUGACAACUUGUGGCUAUGGAGAAGUGUCAGUCGACACUGAUGUUGGCAAAGUGUUUUCUGUUGUAUUCGCAUUGGUGGGUAUACCACUCAUGUUCAUAACAGCUGCGGACAUCGGAAAGUUCUUAUCAGAAACACUGCUCAAGUUUGUCAAAAACUGGACGUUAUUCUGCCGCAAGAGCAAAGUAAGUUGACAUUCGUCAGUUGUAAUUGCUGUUUUAUGCGUCAAUUAUACGUUUUGUUUUAUGAGUCGAAAUUGCACAUUAAUAUCUUUAAAUUGCCUUAUGAUAAACUCUGUUUCACUUCAUAAUAUCUUCAGGAUUACUUCAUGAAAACAUUCUUCCCGCGCAAAUAUACCCGGCGGAAGUCUUUGCAAUGUAGCGCCGAACAGAUUGAAGCUUUGAAUGUGCUGGGGCUGGACGGUGCCGAAGAAACAUUAUGGUUCCCAAUAGGAGCAUAUGUAUCAUGUAUCUGUCUGUACUGCUCGAUGGGAUCUGCCAUGUUUAUCAACUGGGAACGAAGUUGGUCUUUCGUCCACGCCUUUCAUUUCGGAUUUAAUUUAAUUGUCACUGUUGGGUUGGGUGAUAUUGUGGUCACCAAUUACGUGUUUCUUUCCCUCAUCGUUGCCUUUGUCAUAGUUGGUAAGUCCACUUCACUUUUUUGGGCAAUCUUGCAUGGUUUUUUAUAUUAAAAGUGAUUUUUUGAAGUGUUUCAAUACAGUUUUUGACACAAUUAUUAUAAUUAAUUUCAUAUUUUUUGCAUUUUGACAUUCUUUUAGGUCUUUCGGUAGUGACAAUGUGUGUCGACCUUGCCUCAACUCACCUGAAAGCCUACUUCACCAGAAUUCACUACUUCGGCCGGGCCAAGAAAUUCCUCGGAAUGAGCGAAGAACUGAAAGAGAUCGUCGCCUUACUUGGUGCCAUGAGAAAGAAAAAAGGCGGAAAAGUAAACAAACGGCAAAUAACAAAGAUAAUAUUUUCAGGUUACUUGGAAUGACGUCAGAGACUUCUUGGACAACGAGCUGCGUGACCGGCCUUUCGAGCCUCAUGAAUUGCUGAUGAAAAUGCGAUUCAUUGACGAAACAAGCUCGGGAAUGUCCACCAUCAGGCACAACAGUUUCCAGUCGGACCUGCUGCGCGACAGUGAGUAUAUCAGAAGACUAGCUGCCCUCCGCCCCGAACAACCAGCAUAUCUGUGA